AUGAAUAUGUUGGAUGAUGAAGAUGACCAAAGCUUUCACGCUUCGCGUGACGGCUACUCCCAUUUGAGCGAUGUCGAAUGGGAUGCGGUUGAACGGAUGGGUUCAACCAUGGGCAUCCAUGCUGUUAGCGUCAUGCUAGAGGCUCUCAAUAGAGAUGCCCAACAUGCUACUAUCGCCAAGUUCAUUCAAAAUGAACUUGACGCUGAACGCGAGAAAGUAGCCUUGCUUCACCAACAAGGUUCUCAACAAGCAGAGUUGUUGAGAGAACAGGGUGCUCAACAGUUUGAACUGUUGAGACAGCAGCAGGCUGCUGCUGGUGGGUCGAUGCACUCGCGUCGACCCGAAACCUUGAAGAUUGACAUCUCCAAGGCGCGUCGCAUCGACGACGGGGAUAUGCAAGUUGCAUUUGCCCAGUCAAAUCUGGCAGGACGUGCCAAGACUUGGGCACUGGGGCUCAAGUUGCACGACCCAUAUGCGUUUGGGUCGUUGGAAGUCUUCAAGUCGCGGCUCAGACAAACGUUUGAACCGCCUAGAGCUGAGUUCAGAGCUCGAACCGAACUCUUGAAGCUCAAGCAGGGUAAGCGUGAUGUGCACGCUUACGCUCAACAUAUACGACAUCUCACGAGUUGUAUAAGUUCCAAUCCGGUGGAUGAACACACGUUGGUUUCGGUGUUCAUGCAGGGUCUUGCGGAUGGUCCCGUCAAGACUCACCUGUUCCGGCUUGAACUAGAUUCACUAGAACAAGCCAUUUCCAUUGCGGAGCAGGAAGACUUCAGUCUGAGACAGGCUCGCGCCAGCUCGACAUCAUAUCGUCAACCGAGACGAUAUGACAACGGAGGUCCAGAGUCGAUGGAACUUUGUGAUGUAGAGAGCGAGAAGGCUCGCUCUACAGGCUACAAGAAGUUGCAGAGAUGCAACAGAUGUCAAAAGACAGAACACUACGCUUACGAGUGUAGUGCCUCUCGUCCAGUGUCUCGCGACACUGGGCGUAGUGACCGUCCACCCAUGAGAAAGGGGCAGGGACGCGGGUCCGCAGUUGGUGCAAAGACGCAACAACGGGAUGGACCGUCAAAAAACGGACAGGAUCAGUAG